UGAGGGAAUCUUGAAAAGGUUAAUGAGAAAAGGAGAGACAUAUAGAUGGGUCCUUUAGAAUGCUUCCUAUGGCUACAACAAAAUUUCUUUUGGGUCUAUGUGGAAUCAUCACAUGUUUGCCUUUCUGUCUGGUUCUGUAAUAAUAAUGCCAUGAAAAAUACAGUAGCAUCACACUCCUAGACCAUGCCAGACCAUGCCACCCGGACCCCACCCCAACGUACCAUACCGGAAACCGGUUAAGACCAAUUUUUAUGGGAAGAAAGAAUGGCAGAAUCUUCAAGUGCCGACGAGACAAGAAGAGAAGAAGCAAAUAGUUUUGGUUUCAUAA